AUGUGCAUUUUCAGUGCAAGGCUUUCCGACCAUUGCGCAACAGCCGCUGGACAUGGCAACCGCACCUCGCUCCUCACCAGCUCCAACAAGGCGAGCAUCCGCACCGCACCGCAUCAACAGCGAGCUCCUCAUCCUUCCGACUGGUCUUUUGACGUGCAUCUUGCCCUGCUCCUGAAUGUCGUGUGCCUCAGAUCAGCCCACCUGCGCGAGCCUGGCGGGGUUCCAUGCCACAGCCAUUCCGCACACGGCUCGGAAUUGCGCAAGUGGAGCCAGCCGUACACUCGUUUCCUCCAGCGACAUUGGCAUCGGCUCGCUUUCCCACGUUGUCUUGCAGAACGCAUCGCAGCGCACAAACAUGCCUUGCAAUUUUCGCACACGGGGCAUCGACGCCAUCCACUCCAUGCCCAGGAUCCCACCCUGGGUCGUCCUCCUCGCUCAGCCCCUCACGUCUUUGGCCCCGUCGCUGUGCGCCUGCGACAAGCGCCCUUGCCGAGCCUCCCCGCUUCGCCCCCUCACAAGCUGGUUCGCAACUACUUAAAGGGCGGCUUCCCGAACCCUCCGGCUUCCGUUUCGAACACAACAGCCUCCCUUCGAUCCUUCAUCCCCGCUUCCCUCCACUUCAACCUUGCUGAUCACGAGCCUACCUCGCUCUUCUCGCACGUCUUUCGAUCCGGGUGGACACCUGAGCCAUCCGACUCUGCUCUCAUUACCAAUCGACUCAUCGUACGCUGCUUCAGCAAAUUGCCGCGCUUUUCCGAGCAACCUUCUCGACACAUCAUGUCGUCGCUUCCAACUCACAAUGGAUGGCUGGGCGACACGUUCAGCUACGCCUACGACCACACCCAGUUCGCCCCACGCGAUGUGUAUGGCGCUUCCACCUCGCAUUCGCAGCCGCCUCCGCAAUCGCGCAGCGUCUCGCGCCCGCGCGUCAACAUGGCCUGCAAACACUGCCGCCAGAGAAAGGUGCGAUGCGAUGGUCAAAAGCCCAAGUGCAGCCUGUGCACACGUCUGAAGCGACCGUGCGACUACGUCAAGGUGACCGAGGAAGAAAACGCGGUGCUGCGCGACAAGAAGCGCAGGUCCAAGCAGCGCAAGACGGCCGAGCAGGAGGCGGCGCGCGCCAACCUCAACAAUCACGACGCGUUCCCCGCCUACCACCCGUACCGUGGCGUUCCGGCGGCCGCGCACGCCAGCAGCAGCUUUGACGCCGAGGUGCCGCGUUCCAACGAGCAGCGCAUCGGCCUGCACGCUCCUCCCCUGCCUGCCGUCAGCACGGCAGGCUUUGCCACCACGCAGCCGUUUGCCUACGACGGACGAUACCCCUCGACGAGCACCGCGGCCAACGCGCUGUUUGAUGUCGGCGCGGGCCUGACGGGCUCGAGGCGCCAGUCGACGACCACGCUCAUGGGUGCGCGCGCAUACAGCCGCAAGCCGGACUAUGCACGCACCGGCGAGCCGAGGCCUCGAGCGUACGAGCCCGUGGUGGGCGCGCUGGCUGAGACCUCGUCGUUCGCCGGCGGACUCGGGCUGAGCAUGAUGCACGGCCAGACAGGCGGACCUGCAUUUGACACCCACGACUACAUGGCCGUCGCCUCCGGCCCCGCCGGAUAUGGCUCAUUUCGCGCCUUUGCCAACGAAGCCAAUGCAGCCGAGCGACUGGCGCCCCGCUACGCCGCCCCGUUUGGCGCCCAGCCUGACGCGGUCACCAGCCCUUACACACCUCAGCCGGGCGAGCUUCGAGCCACGCCCGCCCCGUUUGAAUCCGCCGUGAGCGUCUCGCCCACGGCGGGCAGUCCGACAUUUGGCGUCGCCGUGCCGCCGCUCGAACGCGCCUCGUCGAGUGCAGGCUCGGGCGCUUCCGCCUCGCCUGCCAGUCACGGACCUGAAGCCACCCCACACCAGGAACUCGCCUCGCUCUGGGCCGAUGCGCGUCCCCCCACCUACGGCCAGGACCACUUUCGCGGCGCCUACGACGCCAACCCCGUCUACGCCGACCACAACAACCAGGCCGACUGGGCCGCUCACAAGAAGUGGGACCCUACCCUCACACUCUAUGUCCACCCGGCCCUUUGA